AGACGAGCACUGCAUUUUAAAGUGAAGAUAGCGCGACCACCGAGCCUUUCCGAAGCGUGGCUGUCGUGACCUCAGUCAGUGUAUUAUUUAACCAAAGUCCUCCAAACAGCAGGUCUCGCGCAGUCGUUGUUCCUUAUAUGACCUGCGCGUGCACCCUUCCAAGCAUGAAACUCCCUCGCGCCAAAUUCUGAAAAUCCGACGCAGUGUUGCGCACUCGCCUCGCGUGAAUACGGAAAGCUUAUGGGUGUUGCGCCACAUCCGCGAGCGGUGCAGUCUGGGGUUCUGCUGCACACAACACAGGGCUGGCGCAACUGGCUAGCUAGCUGACCACUUGAAAUGGUAACUUUAUCUGUAUUCUCCUCCGUUUUUGUCGAUGUUGACUCAGUACAGAAGAAGUUAAUGUUUAUCGCUUGUUUAUACUUAUUCACGAUACUAUAACGAAUGAACCGCCGGGGGAGUAUUUAUCAGAGUUUGUGUUUGCUCCCCAGCUAGCUAGCAUGGAUGCUAACGUGAGGUUUGCUGUGUUAGCUUCUGUAUCGAGCUAUAUGGUAACUUAUCUUAGCUCUAUGGCUAACCUUGGAAAUGAUGUAACCCUAGCGAGCCAACUAACCCAGUUAGACUCGGCAGAUCAGCUGAGCGGGGACCGUCAUUGUUUCAUGUUCAUUGUAAUGUAAGAGGCAGGUGUGUUUUCGCCUCUGUAGUUGGAGGGUGGUUCAGUUUUCUGGUUCUGGGUUAGCUCAGAUCGACGUCUGUUUACCAUCUGUUUACCUCAAGUGUCAACUUCUGCGUUUAAAACGUAGACAUUACUAAGAUGGAAACUAAAAGGGCCGCAUGAUUUAGGGAUGUUCGUGAUUUACGGUAACACUGUUCACUUAUACGAUAUGAAGUAGAUUAAGUAAAUGCUUAAUUAUGUAUGAAAACCAACCUAAACUUUAGCUUCAUGGCCAUUAUACGAGGCCUGCAUAUGAUGGGUGAAAUACACUCACAAGUAAACUUAUUUUCUUGAAGUAUUUGUCCUACUUGAAACACAUUUACACAAGAUGGUGGGUUGAAAAUUGCCUGAUUCAUAACUUAACCCUAAAUUUAGUAACACCAUCACUAUCCCCGGGUGAUUUUUACCCAAAAUAAUAUACCCAAGAAAAAGUACUUGUCAUCAUAAUAUAUCAAAAUAGGACAAUGCAUGACAAAUUAAAGUAGUUUUAUUUUCAACUGUGCAAUUUCCAAGGGGAGAAAAAAAAGUGCCAUGAGGGGACCAUAUAAAAAUGCAACAAAAUAACUGAAAUUAGGCAUUCAUGAACAAAAUAUUCCUGAAAAAUAAUAUAUAUAGAAACUGUAAACUCAGAUACUUUUCCACCCAUUCCUGGGACAUGUUAAGACUCAGGGUCCUUGGCACAAUAACAGCUGCAGGAGAGAGAACCAAAAUAUGGCCUAUUUUGAGUGAGUAAAAAUGACCAGCUGACUAAAAUAUUUCUUAUCACCAUAUGAAUUCCCUUGAAAAUCACUGCUUUGUGAUAGCUAUUCAUAGCAUGCAGCUAUCAAAUCCACCCAAAUCAUUCUUGUGUCAAAAUCACCCGAACACGUGCCUGUAGGAAAAGCAGGUUUUGAAUCAGGGAAACAAAUAUGCCUCAAAGAUGUCAAAGGCAAUGCUGAAGCUACCCAGGGACCCAUGAUACUCAGACAAACGCAACAUAAUGAAAAUCAUCCGGCAAUAGUGUUCUAGGGUUAAAUGACAUAGCCCAAUUUAAUGUUUCAUCAGAUAGAUUUGUAAAUACUUAACCAGCUACAGAUUAAUUGUUCUCUAAUACUGCCAUAAAGUCUUCAUCUUAAAGAUAAAAUGACAGAUUCAUUUGCCCUGUGAUAUAAUUGUUUCUCUGUCUCUUUUCUCAAGGACGUGUUCUUAAUGAUCCGGCGUCACAAGGCCACAAUCUUCACAGACGCCAAGGAGUCCACCACGGUGUAUGAACUCAAGCGCAUUGUCGAAGGGAUUCUUAAGAGAACACCUGAGGACCAGAGGCUGUACAAAGUGAGUUACCGGUUAAAAAAUAAGUUGAGUCCUAGAAUUCCAUCAAAAUGAUUUAACACACUAUCUAGAUACUAAUAAUUAGAGCAAAAUCAUACAAAGGCCAAUAAGAGAUUUUUUUAACAUCUUUUAUUUUCAACUACAGGAUGACCAAUUGCUAGAGGACAGCAAAACUCUUGGUGAUUGUGGAUUCACCAACCAGACUGCCAGACCUCAGGCCCCAGCUACAGUUGGUCUGGCUUUCCGUAUAAACGGUAAACGGCUUUAUCUAUAUUAUUUUCUAACCUGUAAGGGUCAAGCUCUAAUUUAUGCCUUUUGUCGGAUGAAUUUGUAAGAUAACCAAUACUUCCUCCCUUUUUUCCUGCUUUUCUGGAGUGAGGUUAAUUUUGUUGUGGAGUUAAAUUGAAUUUAAUAGUUUGACGUCAGUCACUGUGGGCAUUGCAUAUGGAAACAAGAAUCACUCCGGGGCAGUUUAUCUGCAUCGAUCACAUUCAACCACAACACGCUAGAUCUUUUACCGGGUGCUAUAGCAGUUUGUAAGUAGGAAUCUGUGUUUUCUCUCUUAUGUGUGUCUUUAGACAUUUUGGUUGCACUCCUCUGUGCAAAAAUCUGUGGCGUUUGGCGUCCCUCAGGAGGUGUUUUUGAUGAAAGACAGUAGUUUCUCCUACUGAGAUUCAACCUUAACCCUCCUUGGUCAGUGAAAAAACAAAAGAACACUGGGGUACGGAGUGUUUGGGUGUGACUACACCAUGUAUAAGAAUCAGGUAAAUUCACCUUGAGCCCAUUGGUGGGGCUAAUGAAUGUCAUGUUAUUUGGUAAGUGGUUUUCAUGCAUAUAAUAAAGCGGCUUUCUACUCAUCAUUAUAUUCUUUUACAGCUAGUUGUUUGUCGGUCUGUUAGCAGAUAUAUCUGCUUUGAUACAAAGGCAAAAACUCUUAAUAUAGCAGGGUUUCCCCUACAUGAAAUUGAUCGUGUCCCACCGCCACGGCUAAAUUAGCUGCCACACCUAAAACAACUAAGUUUUUAUCUCACAUAGUUCUACUUCAGACUCAUAUAUAUCAGCAGUGUUUCCCCUACAUUCAUUCAGCUGCUAAAUAAAUUACGUGCGCCACUACUGAAAUUUCACAUGAUCAUUAAUAUCAAUGCACCACCAAUGAUUCUACUCGCACUGUGUGAGCACAACAACACACAACGUUAUUUCUGACUUGUUGUGAGUCAUCAAGGAGCGCAUCAGAUCCUGUUGGACCCUCUUUCACUAAUGUGAAGGGUAAUAUAGCGAGUAAUGCGGGUGGAGCGGAAGAGAGUGAGGUAAACAACACACACACACGCACACACCGUCGCAGCUAAAAAAAUUUCGAGGGGAAACACUGUAUAGCAUCUAGUAAACAUAACAUGACUGCUCAAACGCCCUUUUGCUGUCAUGUCUUGCCAUCUGAGACCCUUGUUCCAUCCAACAGGGAAAUCCUCAUGCUGUUGGGGAUGUGUGAAUAAACCGCUUUGUUUAAAGAAGACCUGCUGUGACAUUUUUACAUUAGAUCACCCCAAAGUUACAGUUGAGUUAUGUAGGCAGCUUGAUGAUUUUUCCAGCAAAAUCAUAACUAUGUUCCUCUAAAUUGUGUGCACACUUCAGUACAAGGCAACAUUAGUGACAGCACAUGUGGAAAACAUUCAGUUUUAUUUAGAUUUUUACCCAAUGCAAAGUUUCUAGUUCAGCCAAAAUAUCAUUCCCAUUUGAUCUCAUUCUGUAUGCAACAAUGUUAAACAAGGGCUCCGAGUUUUAACAUGUAUAAGUUAACUCACUGGUGAACUUUUUUCCUAAAGGUAGACUUUAGUAACAGGAGUACUACAUAACUGCAUGUAUCCAGUUACAACCCCAUUUUCAGAUUAAAUCUGAUAUUUUCUUUUUUUUUUCCAACUCUGUCCUGCAGACGAGAUGUUUGAACAGCUGCACAUUGAGGCCUUCUCCAGCCCCCCAGAACUCCCUGAUGUGAUGAAGCCUCAGGACUCUGGUAGCACUGCCAACGAGCAGGCUGUGCAGUGAUGAGGGGGGAAAGGAUACGAGUAAUGGAGAGGAGAACGGACGUGGGUGUGUGUGGAUUCACUGCGGUGGAGAAGUAGCAGGGUGGAGGGUGUGUAAUAUAAUUUAAGUUGACAGAUGGGGACGUUAUAGGUAACCAAACCUACCCAUGUUACCUUUAUGCUAUCAUCCUAGCAUCACAGCCCCUCCCCUCUCUCCAAAUUAGCUUCACAAAUCACUUUUAACCCCUUUUUGAUUUCCACAUCACAUCCAGUUCUGCUCCUUGACUUUGCUCUUAAGUACCAUCAUGCUCAAAGAUGUCGAGUGAAGAAGGUGGUUUUCGGAAAGUAAUGGUAUCUAUGUGUGUGCGUACGAGUUAUUAUGAUUAUUAUCAUUAAUAUUUUGGAAAAGAUGAAGGCAUAGUUUUGUGUCACAGUGCUCUAGAAGUAACACGUGUAGGUUAAGGAGUCUGGUGUCUGAAUCUGCAAAUUGCAUGAACAAGUUCAAAAUAAAAAGGCUUUAUUUUCACACCAACAGAUAAACCUUAAGUCGAUAACUUUCCUUGGUCUGAUUCUCCUAGUUUUGUUGUACAUUUCUGUUAUGAUUUCAUACCAAGAAAAAAAGUCUUUAUAAUUAUUAUAUGUACUUUUGUGUUGUCAUUUUGUUUUUGUUUUUUUCAGUACGUCCAACUUGUCAGUCCUUUGUUGUAUGUUUCAUGCACUGAGACCAAAGGCAGGCACCUCUUUGACAACAGAGGGACUUUUUAUUUGGUCAAAGAUCAUUUUGUCUGUGACAUACAGUAUACACAGGAGACUUUUAUCAUGUUACAACUUCCUUUUGAGAAAAUUCACCACAUGUCAUCAACAUAAAUGUGGCACCUUCCCCCCCAAUCACAAAAACAUAGCCUGUAACUGUGAGCUUGCUUAUUAAAAAGUUUUUCCUGUUUUGUUUUUUACACUGCUGGCUGUUUCUUUGUUCAAACCACGAGUUUGUGUCAAAACUCAACCAGGAGUUAAGCACUUUUUUUCUCUAACACUCUGAAAACGGGUAUCCGAAACAGCUUGGUUUAUUCUGUAAGGUUCUUUUAGAAAUUCUGUCAUGUUAAGCUAGUUAGAGGGUUUCCACCACCACUAAUGCCACUGCGUAGGUUUUCAAAUACAUAAUGAUUUAAACUAGUCAUAAUCUGAUGGUUCCUUGAGCAUGUUUAAGCUAAAAUUAUGUUCACACUUGAGUUUUAAAUUAGUGUUUUCACAUAAAAAGUGGGAUUAGGGUCUUUACUCUUCCAAUUCUGGUGUGCUGUGUUUAAGAAAUAAAGUUAGGUCAAAUCUUAUUUCCACGUGCAAAUAUUGGGUGAAAAGGACAAUUUCUUUACCAGCAAGUUAGAGGCUGAGGAGGACAUUGUCACCCACUAAUGAAAUCUGUGAUACAUCUAUUAUACGCUUUUCAACAAGUGCAAUCAUUCUUUUUAUUAUUAUUGCAUAUAACUGCUAAAAAGCUGUUUUGUAAAAAAAAAAAAAAAUAUAUAUAUAUAUAUAUUAUGAGACUACCUUUAAGUGAUUCAGAACAUUCACAGCUGUAUUUUUGAAAAGAAAAAGUGACACAUUUCAACAAUCUGAGCUGAAACUCUGAUCCUCUCAUCAGACUCUUUUACUUUCUCAUUUGAGCCACUGGCUUAACUUGCCCCAGAACUACUAUUAUGACUUUAUUAGCCCUCUAAGAUUAAAUGGUGGACUUUUAUGCUACGUUUUGACCUCAUGUUGUUGCUCAUAGAUACCACAAUUGAUGUAUUAAACAAAUUUAAAAUGAUUUUUUUUUGGUCUGAACACAAUUCUCAUAAAACUUAUGACGGACUAAAUUCACUUUCAAGAGUGAAAAAUGUUUUUUUUUUUUAAAUAAAUGUCUAACCCCUUCACCCA